AUGGAAAUCAAGCUUCCGACCUUACCCCUAGGCCCCAUUGAUGCGAAGAACAACCCGCCGGAGAUCUACCUAUGGGUGCAAGAUUACCUCACCAUUGUGAUGGGUCUUCUGUGGAUAACCGCCUAUAUACUCUACAUUCGACAGGCAUAUCGCGACUCCUCCUAUGGCAUGCCGAUUCUCUCACUAUGCACCAAUGUCGCAUGGGAACUCGUCUACGGUCUCUUCUACCCGCCCGGUGUAGCUGAAUUCGUUACAUUCCUCCCCUACUUCCUCGUGGACCUAGGCUUGGUCUAUACCACAAUCCAAUUCGGUGCGAACGAAUGGAAACAUGCACCAUUAGUUCAAACCAACAUACAUUGGAUCGUACUUCUCGGAACUGGCAUGCUUACCUGGGCGCAAUACUCGUCCGCCAUCUUGCUCACCGACGUGCAUGAGGCGAGCUUUUGGAGUGGGUUCGCAUGCCAGAUGAUUGUGAGCUGGACCGCGUUAUCCCAACUCAUCUCACGAGCCAGUACGCGGGGCCAUAGUUUGCUGAUAUGGUUCUUCAGAUGGUCGGGCACGCUUUGCGCCAUUGCCGUGUUUCAAUGGCGAGUGUACCAUUAUCCCCGAGAUUAUUCUUAUAUCCAUACGUCGGCGGCAACAUUCCUUUUUGUGGCGGCGGAAUUAGCGGAGUUGGCGUAUCCGUUUGUAUUUACCUAUGUGCGGAACGUGGAGGAGGGACUGAAGAGUAAGACGGACUAG